ACACGCACACAGACGCACACAUCCUGCACGAUCCUGCCUCGGCGGCGCCACGUGCCCCCGGGCUCUGGCUGCUGCAGCACCUGGGCUGAGCCGACACCCGAGCCGGGAAUCCAGCACCUUCCCGGCGCGAGUUCCUCCAGUGUGGAUCGUUAACCCACGCGAGGGAGAGCUUCUCCCCCAGGAGCUUCCUCUGUUUACUGUGACUCCCACUAACUUAGACUAACGUGGUGCUGCUGCUGGUGUCGCGCGGCAGAGCAGAGGGAGGAGCUCCAGACUCCAGGUGUAGGUACAGCUACAGGUACAGGUACGGGUACGGGAGACUGGCACGUGCGUCUGCAGUGAGGACCCCACCCCGCUUCACCGCCUUCCUGGACCCUUCCGAAGGCUGAGGACCCCCCGCGUGGACAUGGCGCACAGCGCAGAGGACAAGGGCGGAGUGCUCAACCGCAUCGGCAGCUUCUUCAGCUCCCGGCGUCGCAAAGGCAGCAGAACCUUCUCGGAUGCGUCCGACGAUGGCGCCGCCAAGUCUCCGGAGCAGGAAGGCCUGAGGACCCCCCCGGGGAAACCUGGGUACGAGGCAAACGCCCCCCAAGUGUCCGUUUCUGAGGAGCGCUUAGAAGGGGCCGAGCUGGGGGGCGAGGCGUCUACGCCGGAGGAGGGCGACCUCCCCUUCGCCGACAGCGACAGCAGCGGCCGCGGCAGCGUGCGCGAAGUAGUGCAGCGCAAGGAGGGUGGUGAAGCGACAACCCGUCGUCGCCUCCCGCAGGGAGGGGAGCGGAAACGGGCCAAGGGCUCUCCGCCAGACCCGCGCAAACUGGUGGGUGGUGUGAAUAAGAAGUUGCAGGUGUACCUGGACGAAACGAGCAUAAGCAGGGGGGCGGAGCCUGGCGAUAGCCAGGAAGUAGUCCAGACCAUCAGGGCUGUUACUUUCAUACCUAAGGCCGGCCAAAAGGGCACGGGAUCGCCCCCUGUUGUUGAUGAGGAGGCUGUGAAUAAAAAGACAUCGAUUAAACCUGCUGCCGGUGGCGGAGAAAAGUACACAGCAGUCGCUGAGGUGUCGCUGAGCUCGACGGUUAGAACGCUGUCAACCUCUGACACAAUUCCAGGGCAGGCAGAGAGCGACGACAUGGGCAAGAAAAACUCAGGGAGGAGGAGGUCUCGUAAAUCCCAGGAAAGCAGUGCUCCUGAUGAUGCUGACCUUGUUUCCAUAAAGUCCCCACAGUCCCGGGGAGGUGAGCAGGAGCAGCCACGAAACAAACAGGUGAACCCCAGCCUCGUGUGGAUGGAGACGCACCUGGGGGCAGUGGCGGUUGAGGGCACACCCUCACCUGUCCCCUUCGCUAGAGAGGAGCCUUCAGGGGUCCCAGAUGAGUCAGCAAACUCCCAGUCCACCCCGGCACCUGCUGGCGGGACACCAGGUAUGCCCGCGUCCAUGGCCCUGCCCUCCCAGGAGGAACAGGUAAACACGGCCACGGAGCUGGAAGUGGAGAGUGUGGGAUCGACGGGCGUCACGCAGAGUUCCACGGAAGGAGCCUCCGAGAGCGCCGAGGCAAAGCGCCGAAGCAUCAAACUCUCCCAGAGUCAGAAGUUCUUUGCGAAGGAGGUGUAUGUGAGCUCCGAACUUGAUCUGGAGAGGACCAAGUCCAUCGAGGAGGGAGUUAAAACAGGAGAGGACCGGGCAGAAGCUGCAAGUGAGCCCUCCCAGAAGUCCGACGUUGUGCUGCCUCUGAAACCCAAAAAAGUGAAUUUAGAGCUCAAGCAGGACACCCACCGGACACCCACUAGCAUUGCUGGAAAGACUGGGCAGUUGGAGAGACAGCUAACCACACAGAGCCAGAAUGCCCUGAAAGCCACAGACAGCCCAGGAGAAACAGCAGGGCAAUCAACAGUGGCGAAGGUGCUGGACAAGAGCUCCCAGAGCACCACAAUGACAGGAAAGAAGACUCAAUUGGUUGAAAGAAAAAGUUCAGGAGUUGACAAUCAAGCAUCACCAGUGAUGAUAACAGUUCAAGUGGAUAAAAUGAGAGAUGGGUCAAAAAUGAAUGAGUCAAGGGCCUCUCCCUCAGAAUCAAAGAAUAAGACUGUCUCCACAAAGUCAAAGGAUGUGCCAGACCCUCACUUGGUGGAGGAAGAGCACAAUAAAACAGAUAGCUCUUCUUCUGUGGCCAACAGCGAAAAAAAUAAGAUGGUCACAGUGAACCAACAGGUACUUGAAGUAAAAGCAGACAGUAGUAAACCUGAUAAUCAGAAGUCAAAAAUCCCCAAAAAGGUACCAGCGGAGACAGUGUUGAAACCUUUGGUGGUGUCGGAAGCUGUUUCUACUGCUGAUGAGGUUUUGCCUUUGAAAUCUAAGGCUCAGGAAGAGAUCACAGAGAAAGUCACUGUAGUGAAUGUGAUGGUGAAAGAGGGAAAUGCAGUGCCUACAGCAAAACAGCGACCAACAGGGAUGGAGGAGGUGAAGAUGGAAGAGAAGAUGACCCUAGGAGCUUCUCUGUCUGGGGAGGGCUCACCCACAGAAGUACCAUCUAAAGUGCGACCCAAAACUAAAAGACAAAAAUCUAAGGAGCCUGUUGAUCCCAUGAGCCCGGUUACUGGGAAUAUCCCAGAGAGAAGCUUUGAGGCGCGGAAGAAUUCAUCAGACCAGGUGCCAAAGAGUCCCACUAAAACACUGGUCACACUCAAAUCGUCCCACUCUGUGGACAGCAGUGAUGUUAAGAGGAGACCACAGGCACGUGGUGAAAACAACCAGGCUCCAAAAAGCAAGCUCCCCAAAGCCACAGGCACAGAACCUGCAGCUCUUGGCAAGAACGCAGCUGACCAGAUUGUCAGGAAAACAAAGACCAGCAGCAAAGCUCCAGAAAGCAUUGACGAUCAGAGCCCAGUGAGGGACUUGCUAACAGAGGCACAGUCAGGAAGUAAACUACCACGGCCAACACACGUUUCAAGACAGCUGUCAAAUGAGGAAGUGGUCAGCACAGAGCGUGAUUCAUCAACACCAGCUUCGUCGCUGGACAACAGGCUGAAUGCAGUCGAAAACAAAGACUCUGCAAAGACAAGUGAAGAUCAAAUUGAGAGCAGAGGAACCAAAGAGGAAAAACAAGGUGCAGAUGCUAUAAAGGCAGAUUGUGGAUUGAAAAGUUCUCAAGGAGAUGCGGGUAAUGUGCCAUCAACUGGGAGCAAGUUACCAACGCCCCACCAGAAAAGUCCCUCAAAACAGAAAUCUGCCCAGAGUUCUGAGAGACCUGAAGUUGCAGCUGAAUCUACAGACUCAGGUACACUACCUGCAGUGGAGCAGGACAGUGAUAAACAUGCAGAAAAAGGCCAAAAUGGAGUUGAGGGUAAGGUUUCCCCCAGAUCGUCCAACAGCACUGGUGAAGAAGCCGCUGAGCAAAGUGAUUCCGGAAUAAGCAGCAUCUGUAUUAAAACUAAGGAAACGAUGGCUAAGGAGGAAACAACUGCAUCUCCACACCAAGUUAAGAUAUCAGGAAAUCAAGGUUCCCAUGUUAAAGGGCAAAGGAUACAGGAUGAGCAGCAGAUCUCAAACGAGCACCACACUGACAAUGAACCUGUGAACACCAUGGCAGGUGAACCAAGUUUGACUGAGCAGGAAGCUAAUGUUGGUACAAAUACCGUGUGUGUCCUUUUUGAAGAGUUUUCGCCAAACCAGGACCACAGUGUGUCUGAAUCAAACUUACCCGCACUCAUAAAACCUGUCUCACCUGGGCCUCCUGAGACCAGAGAUCCUAAUCAGAAGAAAAAUAAGAAGCAGGAGGAAUCUGUUCCUCAAAUAUCGGAUAAUGUGUUUUCAGACAUGCAGGAGAGUAAACAAUUUGCCAAUGAAAGACAACAAGAAGCGAUAGAAAAUGGCCGUGGUGAAUGGACUGAAAGUGUAACUCAAACUGCCGUGGCUGUGGUCCAGGAUGCUGUGAGACCAAAAGUCUUUCAGACAGAGGAGGUGCUCCCUGUACCUGUUAAUGGAUCGCAAGAUAGAGGCAAGACUAAUGUGCUGGAGCCAUCAAGUGAAAGUGCCAUCAAACCGGUGCACAGUAAAGACAGGAUUUCUGAACUAGCCAAGUCCACAAAUGCUGUUGCGGCACAGGAUGGCAAGGUCAAUAAAGAAAUGGCAGCGAAGUCAUGCACUGGAACUGCAGAGGAGUCUGAUAAAAAUGGUGAGGUCCUCCCACAAGUAGAGCUCUCCUCUCUUACUGCGAAGGGCAUGGUCAGCAAGACAAAGGGUAAUGUGCCCACAAAGGAGUCUGAUGUUAGCAAAGAUCAAAAAAUUACACCUGCGCAUGAUGCUGAGAAGCAGGGUUUGCGAGCUGCACAUGCAAAGUCUUCAGAAGGAAAUUUGAAGGAGAUACAGAGGGAAGAGAAGACCAGCUCAGGUGCCUCCUUAAAGGUGAAGGAGCACCGACAGCAACCAGAUUUAAGGUUACAAGGAGCCAAGCAGGAUGGACAUGUUGCCUCUCUUCCAACUAAAGGGUCAAAGGUGUCCUCCUUGCCACAGGUUUCCAAACAGAGCUCAUCCUCUCCUCAGUUGGGCCUGAAGAACAAGCACCCUUUGCCAUCUCGUAGCCUCUCAGUGAAACGAGACACUCCCUCCAGCUGGUUAGAUGUGGACCAGAGCUCUGCAAGGAAGCAGAGGAAGGCAGAGAGGAAGCUGGACUCCUCUGCCAGUGAGGAUGACACUUUGGACACAUCCGGUGAGUUUGAGGAGUUCAUCCAAAACAUCAAGAAACAUGGAGCAGCCUUCUCCCUGCCUUUGAAAAAACAUGGUCACGUCAAGUCCACCUCGCCCCCUUUUGCCAUGCCAGCCAUCAAGGAAGACCGUUUCGAGAAAGCACUUGACCCAGACGAAUUCCAGUUUGGUCUGAGGAAGAACAAGGCUUUGAAGGAACCAUCACCAGCAAUGAUGGUGAAGCUGCAGAGCACCGAAGUUAGGAGCAAGCUGCAGCCCAAGCGAACUGGCACUGAGGACAGUCUACUCUUCAAAGCUCUCCAGUCUCCAUCCAGUGUCCGUCGAUGGAAAAAGACCCCUGAAAGCAAGGAAGUUGAGGAAGGGGGCGAGAGCAAAGAGAAGCCUGGAGACACAGGCUCACGUUUAGGUAGGAGCUCCAUCCUCUCGAGCCUCAUAAAUUCCUCCAAAGCUUCCCCGAAGUCUGCUGGUGAGCUUGAGUCCUUUGUGAGCAAGGAGUCCUCACCCAGUGCCACCUCCUUUCCUUCUGUACCUGCACCAACGCAGUCGGAGGCAGGAAGCAGUUUGACGGAUCUGCACAUGCCCCCAGGCACAGUCAGCAGCUCUGUGUCGAACCCCUCCUCGCCUCCUCCACCUCCUUCCUUUGCUGAUGUGAAGCUGCCCGAUUUCUUGGAGAAGUACCUUCAUCAGGACAAAGCGGAGCCAGGAAGCUCUGAAGCUGGUCUUCAGAGCACGGAAACCAACCCUGUCAUACACACAGUAGAUGUGGGUCAUGCCAAUGGGCUUGCCAAUCUGGAUCCUUGCCCACCACUCACCCUGGGACCGCUGUCCCCCUCAAACCUUACCCACGCCCAGCAGGCUCCAUGGCCUGUUCAUCCAGCAGGAUGUGCCGAGAUUCCAGUUGUGAAGGGAUUUCACAAACGUCCAGGAAAGAUUGUUCUGUACGAGUGCGCCCCCUUUGACGGCAAGGCCUAUGAGAUCUACAGAGAUAUGGAAGAUGCCACCGCACUGAAGUUCUCUCAUGUGAUUUCAGUCCGUGUGGUGAGAGGAUGUUGGCUCCUGUAUGAGAAGCCAUGUUUUCAGGGUCGGUCCAUUGCUCUGGAGGAAGGGCAAAUGGAGCUUGUGAACGUCUGGGCAGAAGUGGAGCCUGGGCAGACUGUACCUUCUAUUCCCAUGGUCAUCGGGUCCAUCCGGCUGGUUAUCCAGGACUACAGCCUUUCUCAGAUAGACCUCUUCACAGAGCCAGACGGUCUUGGGAGGCUGACAUCGUACUGUGAUGACAUUGUCGACAUGGGUGCCUUCGGCAUCCCACAGAGCACUGGGUCCAUCAAGGUCCACUCGGGGGUCUGGAUGGUGUACAGCGAACCUGGGUUCCAGGGGAUCCUUGCAGUUCUGGAGGAGGGAGAGUACCCCUGCCCUGAGUCCUGGGGGUUCCCUGAACCAUUCGUUGGGUCCCUGCGGCCCCUUAGAAUGGGUGGCAUAAAGGUGGAGAACAUUACUGAUCAGAAGGUGCUGGUGUAUGAGAAGCCGUUGUUUGAGGGCGAGUGCAUGGAGGUUGAUGGUGAUAUCUUCAGCUUUGCUGACGGGGAACAUGAUGAGGAGGGACCAGAGAAAUCGUCCACGGGGAGAAAGAAGCUCACAUCUGUGGGCUCCAUCAAAGUCCUUGGCGGCCUAUGGGUGGGAUACGGCGAACCUGGGUUUGAGGGCCCUCAGUACAUCAUGGAGGAGGGGGAGUAUGUGGACUGGAGGGACUGGGGAGGAUAUAGUGACCGCCUGAUGUCUCUUAGACCUGUGUUGGGCGACUUCCAGUCCCCCCACCUGAAGAUGUUCAGUGAGAGGGAUUUUGGGGAGAUCGGGGUGAACGUUGACCUGCUGGGACCAGUGACCAACAUGGAGGACACGGGCUACGGCAUGAAGACACAGUCUGCAGAAGUGUCCGCAGGCGUGUGGGUGGCAUUUGAGAAUCCGGGCUUCUCCGGUAACCUGUAUGUCCUGGAGAAAGGUCUCUACAGCAGCCCAGAGGACUGGGGAGCAGAUCACUGCAACAUCUCCUCCAUCCAGCCUGUGCUUGUGGAUCAUUUUGGUGGAUCAGCAAAAUAUAAGGUGCAGCUCUUCUCUGAGCCUGGCUUUCAGGGAAGGGUCCACCUUGUGGAGGGCAACGAGGCAGUCCUCCCCGAUGGCUUCACACCGCACUCCUGUAGAGUACUGGCAGGCAGCUGGGUGGCGUUUGAGGGACAGCAGUUCACAGGCCACUUGUAUGUCCUGGAGGAGGGCGACUAUUCCGACCCCGAGGCCAUGGGGUUCCUGCACCACGACUCCACCAUCCGCUCCCUGCAGACAAUUGCCUUUGAGUUUUCGCUGCCCUCCAUCAUGCUGUUCACCAAGUCUGGCUUCAGGGGGAGAAAGAUAGUUCUGAAGGAUGGGUCUGUGAGCCUGCGGCUGGCUGGGUUUAACGGUCGAGUCCAGUCACUGCUCGUGGAUGGGGGCAUAUGGGUUCUCUUCGAGGGGAGUAACUUCCGCGGUCGCCAGAUGCUGCUGCUGCCAGGUGAGGUGGCGGACUGGCACAUGGUGGUGAGCUGGCAGCAGAUCGGCUCCCUGCGCCCGCUCUUUCAGAAGCAGGUGUACUUCCGCCUACGGAACAAGGAAACAGAGACCACGAUGUCACUCAGCGGGACUCUGGAUGACAUCAAGCUGAUGCGGAUCCAGGCCCUGGAGGAGACUGGAGGAAUCGAGCAGAUCUGGAUGUAUCAGGAUGGGCUGCUGCGAUGCAAGCUGCUGGAGGACUGUUGCCUGGAGACUACAGGAAGCAUCAUCCUUGCUGGCAGCCGCCUCAACAUCACUCCAGAGAUUGGGAAGGAGAACCAGUUGUGGACCAUCACUCAGGAUGGGCUGAUCCGCUGCAAUUUGAGGCCAGAGCUGGUGCUAGAGGUCAAAGGUGGCCAGCAGUACGACAAAAAUCAAGUAAUUCUUAAUGAAUUUGAUGAAAGAAAACUGAACCAAAGAUGGCACUUGGAGAUUGUUUGAUGUGGUGACAUGACUUCAGCAGGUCUCAGGGCCCUGUGGUGCAGCUGCACGAUAGGCCUCAGGUCUCCACAGAUGUGUUCGUCCAACAGCCUCACUGAGCUCUGAUACUCGUUCUGUAAGAUCCCCACUAGCAGGUCCCUGUGUUUGCUGUAUAAGCUGUCAGAUCAGGUGUCAAAUCAUCAUGCAAAAGUGACACAGGCUUAUUCAUACCAUCUAUCAAUGACUUACCUUAGGUUCUCAAAACUAAAAUCUCGGGACAAUGUAAUUUUUAAGUAACGCACAAGUAGUAUGAGACCACUGAAGACCAUGUCACAUUUUACAAGGUGUUUACGCUUAAUGUUCAAGUGCGAAAACGGUAUCUGCUCAUUGAGGUGUGGAACUCGUUGGAAAGACAGUAUUCAGUACUUCCUCUGCUUUAGUUUACUGAGUUCACUGGCAGUUGUUCAUGGUAACAGCUGGUUCUUUGUAAAUGCUGCCUUACUGAUCCCCCCCCCCCCCCCCCCCAUUUGUUUUUCUUCCCCAUGAAGCCCCUAUGAUCCUAGCCAGGUCACAGUUCAUGUUUUAGGGUCAUGGACAGCUGGGUAAAGGGCUGUUUGUUUUCUAGAAUUCACACACUUUUAUACAGUUACGUUAAUUAUUAAUGCUGCUUUAAAUUCUGUUGCGUUUAUAUAAAGUGAAACAUAACCCCAUACCCCCCCGAAACGCGUACCGAUUCAAAAACCACAAUUCCUAUCUUUUAAAAAAUAAAUCAAUGUGUUUAAUUUUGGAAAAAGCCAUUUCACAUUUUAAUUCCAUUUUCACUCCAUGAAGCUAUCUGCUAUAUAAAGACAUGUUUUGUAUGCUGUAAGAAUUAGACAAACUGAAAACCAUUUACUGUCCCACAGCCAUUACUGUAUUUUUAAUGUAAAUUCUAAACCACAAUAAAUGCUGUUACAUUUU